AGCUACAUGUAGAUGACGUUCAUAAGGUAUUUUUAGAAAUUAUUCCGCCUCCGAUCUAGAAUGUUGCAGGUUCAUUUUAAUUUUGAAAGUUUUCAUCUUAUGUAGCAGACAGAUUGUAAAGAGAACAUUAACAGAUCGACAAUGGAUUUCGGUUCGGAUUUCGUCUAUGCCUAUGAUUCGUUGGAAUAUGAAGUUAUAUCUGAUGAUGAGUAUGAAGGUGGUAUGGAUGUCAGUGAUUCUGACUCUGACUCUGAGGAUGAACUCGUUAGUGAUAGUUUAGUUGGCCUGUCACCAUCACCAGGUACUGUAGGUGGUGGGCCAGCAGAUAUAAAUUCUUCUGUGCCUCCUCCUCCUCCCUAUCUUCCUCCGGUUGCCCCUCGCUUUCGACACAUUGGAGCAGAGAAAUCCAAAGCUAAAGGUGCGGCAAAACGAGGACAUUGGAGGAGUGCACCUCCUGAAGGUGUUGAACGAAGCAGUUCAGAAAUCACUCCUGGUGGACGAAGAGAACGGCGAGCAGACACAAACAUUGUGUCCAUCAACUUUCAGACUCUGGUCACCCCUAGUAAUAUGCACACUGGUGAUGCUGUGUACUGUGACAACUGUCAGGCCAUUCUUUCUCAUCUCUGCAAGCUUGAGGACCGUGGGGAUGUCAAGGUGUGGAGGUGUGAGUUCUGUGGUCAGCAGAUGGAGGUGGACAUUGUGGAGGAAGAGAAACCUUCCCAGGAUGAUGUGACCUUUAUGUUGACCCCUGCCCUGUCUACCACAACCAGUGGACCCAAAGGCACAGACAACUCGUUAGUUAUUUUCUGUGUGGAUGUCUCAGGCAGCAUGUGCAUCACUACAGAGGUGCCAGGUAAAUUGAAGUUAAGAGGAGGAGGAAGUGCCAGAAAUGUACAUCGGAUGCAGGAUGACAGACGUGACCAGUUUUUGCCCAACCAGAAAAGAAAUGUGACAUUUGUGUCACGACUACAAGCAGCUCAAGCCGCUGUUGACCAACAACUGGAGGAGAUGUCGAAAAACAACCCAAACAGACGAGUGGCUUUGAUAAUCUUCAACAAUGAGGUUGUAGUAGUGGGUGAUGGUAAGACCACACCAGUUGUCAUUGCUGGGGAUAAGCUCACAGAGAAGGAGGAACUAGUGAAGAUAGGCACGGACCUUCCCGCCCCCGGCGACAUAAGAACCACACGCUCAACACUCAGUGCUAAAAUCUUUGAGUUAGAGGAGGGUGGGGCUACAGCUCUAGGGCCUGCCUUACUUGUUGCUACAACAAUGGCCUCCCAACAGCCAGGUUCAAAGGUCAUAAUCUGCACUGAUGGUCUUGCCAAUGUGGGCCUUGGUCGUCUGGAUAUAUCCACUACUGAGGUGCAGGAGAGUUCCCUUGACUUUUAUGAAGGUGUUGCUGACACAGCUGCUGACAAGGGGGUGUCUGUCUCGGUGAUCAGCAUGAAGGGCACAGACUGUAAGAUGAUACAACUUGGUAAAGUGGCCGACAAGACUGGAGGACAGAUUAACAUAGUGGACCCACUGAAGCUGACACAGGAGUUCUCAACUAUAUUGGAAGGUCGCAUCAUAGCAACAAAUGUGGUGGCAACGUUGAUCCUACAUAAACAGCUGUUCUUUCACUAUGAAGACACAGAAGAAAGCAAAGUGGUGAAAAAUGUUGGAAAUGUGACAUCCGACACGGAGAUCACUUUUGAGUAUGGUGUCAGAACCAAGGAGAAAAAAGACACAGCUCCAUCCAACCAAGUCCCAAAAGAUGGUGCUGUUGGAGGUCCAAGUUCAGAGGGUGCAGGUCCGAGCUCGGAGGGUGCAGGUCCAAGCUCGGAGGGUGCAGGUCCAAGCUCAGAUAGCGGAGAUGCUGAACAGCCUAAAGAACUGCCUUUCCAGUUACAAGUGAAGUACACAGAUGUAGAUGGCGCUACUGCACUCCGUGUCCUUACCAAGACCAAGCCUGUCACAAAGGACCGGAAACAAGCAGAGAAAAAAAUGAAAAUGGAAGUUCUUGCUAAGCAUACAGCUCAAGUAUCAGCAAACCUCGCACUAGAUGGCAUGUACACACAGGCACGAAGCAGGGCACUGAUGAACCAGAGGCUAGCCUGGAGACACAAGAAUAGUGACUCCCAUGAGAGUAAAUCCUCACGGAAGAAGGCUCACAAAACAUAUGGAGCAGUGUUUGGAAAGGUCAAAUCUGUUGAGAAUUACCUCAACAUGGCACAGCAGAGGGAGACAGCUUCAAAAGGAAGGACCUACAGUGAUGAUGAAGAGGAAGAAGACAUGCUUGAAACUUCCAGUGUUGCUGGUGGAAAUAGAUUUGAUGUAAAAGCCCCGACACCAAUGGCAUCAGGGAGUUCUGUAUCUGCACCUUCACAAGGAAGUGGACUUUUCUUUAGAGGAAAGAAAAGCAAGAAGAUGUUGAAAGUAAGCAGGACAACAGAAACAUCAGAUGAAGCUGCUCAGAUGAUGUAUGAUCUUAAGAGUGCCAGCAAAGUUAUGAAAAAAUAACAUUCCAAACUGUUGACGUUGAUGUAAACCUGGAAGAUUAGGCAGCAAACAAACUAGCUUCCUGGAUUUAUAGUGCUUCACUUUUAAUGUGCAUUUUUGCUAUUUAAAUCUAAAUUUGUCUUGCUAAAUAAACUUAUCAAGACAAGGACAACCUAUGAAAGGCUGAUUGGUUAAGAUACCAAUAGGAUAUUUUGCUCUGGGUCAGAAAAAGAUUUUUUUUUAAUUUAGAGUUGACUGGCCUUGAACAGUAAUUCUUGCCUAAACUCACUAUAAAGACAACUCGCAUCUUUGAUCCAAUUCUUGAAUUCCUUGUUGGUACGCUGUCAGAAAAUGUAAAGCAUAUGUUUUUUUCAUUAAUGUUUUCUGUACUUGUGACCAUAACCAAACUGUGAUAUUGUAUAUGUUUAAAUUGAAGGACUAUGUAAUGUUCUUCUAUCCAGAAACCCUACCAACAGUGUUAAUGUUAAAAUUGAAGGACUGUGUAUGGUUAUCUAUCCAGAAACCCUCACACUGUUAAUGUUUAAAUCAAGGACUGUGCAUGUUCAUAUAUCCAGAAACCAUCACACUGUUAAUGUUUAAAUCAAGGACUGUGCAUGUUCAUCUAUCCAGAAACCCUCAAACUGUUAUGUUUAAAUUGUGCAUGUAGAAACCCUCUGUUACUAUGGGUAGGUAGUAAAUUACUACAAAUGUAGUACAUUCAUUUCAUCUUGUGUAUAGUCUCUACUGGUAUCGUAAUUAAAGACUAACUUCACCUGCAGUUACUGAUUUAUAUGAAAUUUUGAUUUAAAUAACGUUUUAAUUGUUAAAUAUGUAUAUAUGUAUGUAAGUUCAUGUUAUUAUUAUGAUGAGGAGUGCAAGAUGUUUUUUUUUUUUACAUUUUUACCAAGUAUGUUAUUUAAUUUACCUUGAAUGAGAAGGUUUGAUCACAUUCAUUGUUAUGAUGUUGGUUGUUUAUUUGCAUAGAUCUUAGUUGACAUCUUGCAUUUUGUUGUGUAUAAGAAUUCUACAACUUGUUGUAUGUGGAUUUCAUACUAAAAAUGACUUGGUUGAAAAUUGGUUUUUACCCAUACAAGUAUUGAAUUAGUUAUCUGUUGAACAUUCUAAGACGGUGUCUCGAGUUGUAUCAUAACAGUACUUUGAAAGUGAACUUUUCCUAAAAUACAUAAAAGGUGGGCAGAUUGCAUCAAGUUACUAGUAAAAUAUUUUUUAUUACUUGUAUUUAUUUUUUUUGUCAAUUGUCAUUUAAUUACUGUGAAGUCUAGCUUUGUAUAUUUUAAAUAAAAUGUUGAAAUUGUU